AUGGGGAUCCCGUUUCUCAUCUCACUUGAUCCCCACACUCUCUCACUCCCCGCUUCUGCCGCAGGCCUCUCUCUAACACAGAUCUCCUAUUUCGGCCGGGUCUUCCUGAAAUCGUGCGAUACGGAACAAGCCAUCGACUUUAUUAGGCGAUUUUCCUCGCUCCUGGAUGUCUACAUUGACACAUCGGCUAUCGAAAACGUAGGAGAUGUCGUUGAGAUCCUGGACUCAGGCGCAUCCAAGGCCUUGGUUACACCAGCUCAAUUGACUACCUUGUCAAGGGAGCAGACAGUUCCCCCAUCGAGAUUAAUUAUUUCUCUCUCGUGUGUGACGGAGGCUACAGAGUUACAAAAUUGGAUUGCGGAGAACGAUGAGCGGGAAGAAAUCAGUGUUCACUGCGUAGAUUCUCCAGAUGUCGGUGCCAUUGUAUCGGAACUGGGAGACAAAGGCAUUGUUAAUGAGGUUUACCGCUCGUAUGAGGGUGUAGCGGCCGCUAUACAGGCGACUUUGGCGUCGAGCGAGGCAGAAAAUGUUGUCACUAUUAUUCCUUCGAUCGCCCUAUCCCUUGACAAAGAUGACAUUUCCUCUGCGGCAAGGCUAUUGGUUGCACGAACUACUCCAGACGCUUCCACAGGCCUUUAUGCUACGGUAGUGACGGAUGAGAGAGGGAUUGCGUUGGGCCAGGUUUACAGCAGCGAAAGAAGUAUUUCUGAGGCGUUGAAAACCGGCACCGGUGUUUACCAGAGCCGGAAACGGGGCCUCUGGUACAAAGGCCAAUCGAGCGGGGAUACGCAGGAAUUAGUCAGAAUUGAUUUCGACUGUGAUAGCGACUGCUUGCUUUUCGUUGUAAAACAGAAAGGGAAAGGAUUCUGUCAUUUGGGAACUGCCACUUGCUUCGGCCAGUACAGAGGGCUGUCACGCCUUCAGAAGACCCUACAAGCUCGCAAGAAGGAUGCGCCUCCUGGAUCUUACACUGCUAGACUUUUCAAGGAUCCGAAGCUCGUCCAGGCAAAGAUUAUGGAGGAGGCUGAGGAGCUGUGCAAUGCUACUUCACCGGAGGAUGUAGCAUUUGAAGCAGCCGAUCUAUUGUAUUUUGCAUUGACCAAGUGCGUCGCUGCCGGUGUAACUCUAGAAGAUGUCGAGAGGAAUAUUGAUCUCAAAACCUUAAAGGUGAAACGGCGACAAGGGGAUGCCAAACAGGGCUGGGCCGAAAAGGUUGGCCUUGCAUCGCCAAAGGAGGAACAAAAGCGACCCGUUGAGCCUGCUACAGGGGUUGAUCACACUGGCAGGAUUAAAAUGCGGCGCAUUGUGACUGCAACUGCCUCCUGGGAUAUCAUAAAGGAAGCAUUGCAACGCCCAUCUCAAAAAUCAAAUGAUACGAUCGUGGCUCUUGUUAAACCUAUAAUUGAGGACAUUCAGAAGAACGGGGACGCAGCCGUCUUGAAAUAUACGCACAAAUUUGAAAAGGCUACCUCUCUCACCACUCCCGUCAUCAAGGCGCCGUUCCCAAAGGAGCUGAUGCAAAUUACUCCCGAGACUACCAAGGCCAUCGAUGUGAGUUUCGAGAACAUCCGCAAGUUCCACGCUGCACAAAUGGACGACAAGCCACUACAUGUCGAGACAAUGCCCGGUGUCAUUUGUUCACGAUUCUCUCGCCCCAUCGAGAGAGUUGGCCUCUAUGUUCCAGGUGGGACUGCGGUUCUCCCAUCAACAGCAAUGAUGCUUGGCGUUCCUGCCAUGGUAGCGGGAUGUAAGAAGAUAGUCCUCGCCUCCCCUCCACGAUCUGAUGGCAGCAUAUCGCCGGAGAUCGUAUACAUCGCGCACAAAGUAGGGGCAGAGAGCAUUGUGCUCGCAGGUGGCGCGCAGGCCAUUGCGGCCAUGGCAUACGGUACCGAGAGCAUCAGCAAGGUCGACAAAAUACUCGGUCCUGGGAACCAAUUCGUAACCGCGGCAAAGAUGUUGGUUUCAAAUGAUACUUCAGCCGGCGUCAGCAUUGACAUGCCAGCAGGGCCCAGUGAAGUCCUUGUCGUCGCUGAUAAGGACGCUAAUCCGGCCUUUGUCGCUUCCGACCUACUCAGCCAGGCAGAGCACGGUGUCGACUCUCAAGUUGUUUUAAUUGCUGUUGAUAUCAAUGAUAAACAUCUGAAAGCCAUCGAGGACGAGUUGCACGCGCAGGCCAUGGCUCUCCCACGUGUAGAUAUCGUACGUGGUGCGAUUGAUCACUCUAUCACCUUUGUCGUCAAGGAUAUAGAUGAAGCUAUUGCGUUGAGCAAUCGCUAUGCGCCUGAACAUCUUAUCUUGCAACUAAAAAAUGCAGCGGAGGUCCUUCCCCUCGUCCAAAAUGCCGGAAGUGUUUUCAUUGGCGAGUGGACACCGGAGAGCGUUGGCGAUUAUUCGGCUGGCGUCAACCACUCUCUUCCAACCUACGGCUAUGCCAAACAGUAUUCUGGUGUCAACCUCGCCUCGUUUGUCAAACACAUUACCAGCUCCAACCUCACUGCUGACGGACUACACAAUGUGGGCGAGGCGGUUAUGCAGCUGGCAUCAGUGGAGGGGUUGGAUGCCCAUCGCCGCGCUGUCAGCAUUCGCAUUGACCACAUGAAUCAUGCUAUUAUCAUUGGGCCAUUUCUUGUGAUAUCAAAACCCCAGGCCUGCAAGAGUAUUCUCAUGCAUUAUGCUGAAGAAAUGAAAGUCCAAGACCGCACAUUCAUUAUAUCAGGCGGGUCCUCCGGCCUCGGCCUGGCAACCGCUGUGGCUCUCCUCAGCCAAGGCGCCAACGUCUCGCUCCUGGACCUCAACCCACCCCCCUCGGGCAUCUCCCCUCUGCUCACAAACCCAUCCCGCACACUCUACACACGCACGAAUGUCACCAGCACCGCAAGCCUCCAACAUGCCAUUGAUUCCACCGUCUCCUGGAUCUCCAGUUAUGCUAACGCUCCCCUGGGAGGCGUCAUAUGCUGCGCGGGCAUCGGCUACGGCGAGCGCGCUCUGCCUCGACAAGAUCCCAGUAGUGGAAAAGUAAAGACAAUGUCCAUCGAAGGCUUCGAUCGGGUUAUUGCCAUCAACUUGCGUGGCACGGUGGAUCUGAUAAGACUAGCGCUGCCGCAUCUGGCAGCUGUAGAGGGAGAGGGCGGCGAUGGGGAGCGGGGGGUCAUUGUAGUUGUGUCCAGCGUAGCCGCAUAUGAGGGGCAGGUUGGGCAGUUGGCAUAUUCAGCGAGUAAGGGGGCAGUGUCUGGGAUCGUGCUGCCGUUGGCAAGGGAGGUGGGGAGGACGGCGGGGAUUAGAGUUGUUGGUGUUGCGCCGGGUGUGUUCCAGACGGGAAUGACGGUCAGGCCGAGGAAUAGUCCGCCUGGCGAAUCUGGUGCGGAAUGGUUGAGUAUCCUAUGCGGAUGGGGAGGCCAGAGGAGUUUGCAGAGUUUGUGUUGGGGUGCAUCAGGAAUGGGAUGGUAA